UGUUGGGAUCCUGUGGAGAUGGCGACGGGCCUCCAGUUUUCCCUGUGGGUGCUCCCAGUGCUGCUGCUUUUCCUGGGCAUCAGACCUGGGGCCGAGGGCGGGAAGGUGCUGGUGGUGCCCAUGGAAGGCAGCCACUGGCUCAGCAUGCGGAAGGUCGUGCAGGAGCUCAGCGCCAGAGGCCACCAGGCUGUCGUCCUUGCUCCAGAAGUGAGCAUGCACAUGAAAGGAGCUGACUUUUUCACCCUGAGAACCUAUGCCACUCCGUACACUCAAGAAGAGUAUGAUCAGCUCAUGUUGGGCCAGAGUCAGAUGGUUUUUGAAGAAAUGCAUUUUCUGAAGAUAUAUUUUAAAACUAUAGCAAUAGUGAAACAAGUGUCAUUGCUCUUUGAAAAGUCUUGUGCGGGGCUACUGCAUAACAAGGAGCUGAUCAGGUCCCUGAAUGCCAGCUCAUUUGAUGUGGUUCUAACAGACCCCAUUUACCCCUGUGGGUCCUUGCUGGCUGAGUACCUGUCUGUUCCUGCUGUGUAUUUUUUGCGUCGCAUUCCAUGUGACUGGGAUUUGGAGGGCACACAGUGUCCAAACCCUUCCUCGUAUAUUCCUAGGAUGUUAACCAGGAAUUCAGACCACAUGACUUUCCUGCAGCGGGUCAAGAACAUGCUCUACCCUCUGACCCUGAAAUACAUUUGCGAUUAUUCUUUGUCUCCCUACGAAAGACUUGCCUCUGAGAUCCUGCAGAGAGAGACGUCCCUGGUGGAUGUUUUCAGCUACGCUUCCGUGUGGCUCUUCCGAGGAGACUUUGUGAUGGACUAUCCCAGUCCCAUCAUGCCCAACAUGGUCUUCAUUGGAGGCAUAAACUGUGCCCACAGGAAGCCUCUGUCUCAGGUCUGUAUGGGUGCCAGGGUUCCAGGUGGAGCUUGUUUUUCAAAAACUUUCUUUCAAGUGCUUACAUGUCUAUCAAUCUUUCUAAAGAUUCCUACUUCUCAUUCUCCCUCUAACAGUCUUUGGGGAGAUAAGUACUGAAGUGUCUCCAAUAGUGGCGUUAGGUUGGAAUGGUCACUGAGAGGAAGACAAGGCAGGGGUGAGGGUCCCUACUAUGUCAGAGAAGCCAUGGUGUGGCUCAACCAAGAGCGUCCAUUGAUAAGAGCACUGCCUUCAUGGUUGUGCCAUUUCUUCUGCUGUGUAGGAGCACAGAAGCUGAUCCAUCUGGAGAUUUUUGCUUCCUGGUACUCAGUAGAAGGAUAAAGGAACUAGCAAAUUGUGUUUGUUGCCAGGAAUGGUUUUAGAGGUUCUGUCUUGGAAUGGAUGGAGAUGUGAUUACAAGGGCACCUACGCAGUCAAAGGAAGUAGAAGUUUCAGAGUUUGUGUAAGUUAAGCAGACGUGAGACAAUGCCAGAGAGGGAAGACUGGGGUUCAUGAUCAGAGAAAGAAAGUCCAGCUUUUCUGAGCUUUUCUGACAGCAUGUUCCCUGACCUGGAGUUUGUCCCUGGAGUAGAAUGUGGGGAAGUUCCAGGCUUGGGAAGGCAUCAUGGAAGCUGUGUGUCAAGUGAGUCUUCUACUUGAACACUGAAAUCAUCCAAGGAUGAUGGUAGGGGUCAGCAGAUCACACCACGGGCCUAAGAACCCACUGAAGGUGGGGUCAGUGAUGAAGAGAAAUGAGUCUAAUAGGCGAAGGGUUUGUCAGGAAGGUUGACCACAGCACUGAACCACUUUCGCUUCACCCCAAGUUUCCAUGGUGGAAACUACUGCUUUACCCAUAAUUUCGGAGGCAUCUUACAUUAACCCUCAGUAUUUGGAUUUGUUUGCUUGAAUUCUUGGCGAGUAGAUUUGGUUUCUUUACCCAGUGAGCUAUCACUUUUAUAGGGAAAUCAGCCCGUUUAUGUCUUAUUCACUUAAUUUAUAUAACUCCUAUGAUGGUAGAUCUUUUAUAGUUGUUGUGUUCUUACUCUGUACUUCCUUUUAUUUCUGAAUGUAUUAUUAUAAAGGACUCUAAUCUUCAUUUUUAUUUUUAAUCAAAUUUCUAGUUACCUAUUUUUACUUGAUUU